AUGGCACAACCUCAACCACCUGGGGAGAAAACCCAAGAGGCCCCAGAAAUGGAAGUGAAAGAAAACCCAAUAAGCCCAUCCUUCAAAUUCAAUGCACAAGCACCUGAAUUUGUGCCAAGAUCACAUACCCAGAUGCCCAUUUCUGGUUAUUUUUAUCCCUGCUUUCACUUUCUUGGUGAGUCUGCUUCCCCUGAUUGGUUUUACAUUGGGGACCAGGAGUUGCCUCCUUAUUUGAUCUCCAAUAAUCCCAACAUCCCUCUUGCCAAUCGAUCCAAGAAUGCACUCCCAGAUGAUCUUCAGCAGAAGAUCAUCAAACAGGUGGAGUACCAGUUCAGCGACAUGAGUCUGCUGGCAAAUGAAUCUUUAGUGAAACACAUAAGUAAAGAUCCCGAAGGCUAUGUUCCAAUAUCUGUUGUUGCUUCCACCAAAAAAAUGAAGUCACUUAUUAGUAACAACCACAUGCUUGCGCAAGCACUCCGGUCCUCUUCAAAGCUUGUUGUAAAUGAAGAUGGCAAGAAGGUUAGACGUAAGUACCCUUUCACUGAAAAAGACAAAGAGGAAUUGCAGUCGCGUACUGUUGUGGCAGAGAAUUUGCCUGAAGAUCACUCUCAUCAAAACCUAGAGAAGAUAUUUAGUGUGGUUGGAAGUGUGAAAACCAUCCGAAUAUGCCAUCCCCAUGAAUCUAAUUCUUCCCGGUCCAAAGGCGAUUUCAUUAUCAGCAACAAGCUUCAUGCACUUGUGGAGUAUGAGACAACAGAUAUAGCAGAGAGAGCGGUUGAUAAGUUGAGUGAUGAAGGGAACUGGAGAAAAGGGCUCCGAGUAAGGUUGCUGCUUAGACGCUCGCCAAAAUCUGUUUUGAAGAACCGAAAGUCUGAUUUCGAUGGCAUUUUAGAGGAUGACGAGCCACAAUAUGACUGUACAGAAGAAACUUCUCAGCCAAGCAACCCUGAAUUGGUUACCGAUAGUCCUAAUGAAGAAAAUUUGGCGGCAUCCAAGAAAGGAUGGGCUUGGGGACGCGGUAAGGCCCGAGGGCGUGGCCAGGGACAGAGUGGCCGCGGGCUGAUUGCUCCAUCUCCACAGUCAAGCAAUACCAUCCAGUGUGAAGCACCUGCAAAACAGAAUGCCAAGGGCCCAAGAAUGCCAGAUGGGACUAGGGGCUUCACCAUGGGAAGAGGCAAGCCCAUAAGCGCCAUCAAUUCGCUUUAG